AUGCAAACUAUCGACAAUAUUCAAUUUGAUGAUAAUUUAUAUAUACCCGCAAGUUAUUGGACAGUUUUAUUAUGCCAACAAAAUGGAGUAUCUGUAGCAGUUCCGCUACCAAAUGCUAAUCUCAUGUCAUUUAUCAGGGUUUUUGAUGAUACAGCACUUUGUCAGAAUUAUGUUGAGACAAAUCUUCGAAAACUAAUUACAUUAUUUGGUUGGGAUGAAAACAUGCAGCAAUGGUUAGCAAAUGCAACUAGCAUACCAGAUAAUCUUCAGGAAAUAAAAAUCUUUUGUAACUCAUCUGAUCGACUAUUCGUCAAUGCGUGGGCAAGACGACAUUUACAUAGAUUUAAUAAUACUACGUUUGAAAUAAUUAAUUGUGAUAAACUCAAUUAUGGAUUGUUGUUAUUCGGUGUUGAUUAUUUGAAAAAAUUAGAUUCAGAUUAUCCGCCUAAUUCACCAUUACAAAUGCAAUUGCGCCUCAAUUAUAAAAGAAUUUGUCGUGCUUUAGCCAAUUAUUUUUUGCAAGAAGCUGAUGCUUAA